AUGAUGUCUGGGGGUAUGAUUCGGUCCGCGGUGAGGGCUUCCGGAAGCCACGCUGCGUGCUCCAUCAGAAUUGGAGCUGCAUCGCAAUUAGCCUCAGUGAGCAAGCGCCAAUUGCAAGGAGCAUAUCCUCAUACUCAGAUUGGGGGUAAAAGAUGGAUUUCGGUCUACGGGUAUACGCAAUCGAAGGCUCUCAUCUACUCGCGCUACGGGGAGCCCAAGGACGUCCUGCAGCUUCACAAGCACUCCAUCUCCGCGCCCCAUGGUACUCAAGUUAAUCUCCGCCUGCUCGCUGCGCCGCUGAAUCCUGCCGACGUAAAUCAGAUCCAGGGUGUAUACCCGAGCAAGCCACCGUUCCAAUCGACACUCGGUACGCAGGAGCCGGCCGCCGUCGCUGGAAAUGAGGGCGCAUUCGAGGUUUUGUCCACCGGCUCUGGAGUGAAAAACCUCAGCAAGGGUGACUGGGUUGUGAUGAAACAGACUGGACAGGGCACCUGGCGCACUCAUGCUCAGCUGGAUGAAUCGCAGUUGAUCAAAAUUGAAAACAAGGACGGCUUGACCCCACUUCAGAUCAGCACAGUUAGUGUCAACCCAGUAACAGCUUACCGCAUGAUCAAAGAUUUUUGCGACUGGGACUGGAUGCGUGCCGGAGAGCACUGGUUGAUCCAGAAUGGGGCAAACAGUGGUGUUGGACGCGCUGCUAUUCAGCUUGCACGAGAGUGGGGUAUCAAGACCCUCAAUGUCGUCCGCGAACGGAAGACUCCAGAGGAGACAGAAGCUCUGAAGAAAGAACUCACAGAUCUCGGUGCGACUGCGGUGGUCACAGAGGCCGAGUUGCUUUCAGGGGAAUUCAGGAACGUUGUACAUGAGCUCACGCGCAAGGGGAAGGAGCCCAUCCGCCUCGCUUUGAACUGUGUGGGUGGAAAGAGUGCCACCGCACUGGCAAAAACACUCGCACCAGGUUCGCAUCUGGUCACCUACGGGGCCAUGUCGAAGCAGCCAGUUUCUCUGCCGUCGGGAUUGUUGAUCUUCAAGAACCUCGUUUUCGAUGGCUUCUGGGUUAGCAAAUGGGGCGACAAGAACCCGCAGCUGAAGGAAAACACCAUCAAUGAUGUACUGCAGCUGACACGUGCUGGUAGGUUUAAGGAUAUCCCCGUUGAGGAGUUCAAAUGGAAAUGGGACACGGAGGGCUCCGAGCUUGUAGCAGGCGUGCAGGAAACCCUCAGCGGUUACCGCAGCGGCAAGGGCUUGCUCAGGUACGAGGAACAGGAAUGA